AAUUUAUUGAAGAUUCUAGUGAGCAAUCAGAUUCUGCUGAAAGUUCACAAGCUGAUAAUGCAAGUAAUAACGGUGAUAAUUUCAUAAUGCCUCAAUUAAAAAAUCCCAAGAAACAUCGUGGAAGAGGACGACCACGAGGUACUAAAAGAAUUAAAGCAUCACAUGAAGUCUCUAAACCUAAGAUAGUACACCAACGCCGAUGCAAGAAGUGCGGAAAUACUGGUUAA